AUGUUGGCAACCGAGAAAGCAAGGGCAGCAACAGCUGUCUUCUCCGCAAUGACACCAUCUGCGGUAGCCGUUCCUCCACCAGUCGAGGCAAAGGCUAAUAUCGCAGAGCCACCAGCCACGAAAGAAGUUUCCACACCACCAACAGCUGUCGCGACUCAAGCACAACCACCACCGUCUGCUACCGUUGAAGUUGCCGCUAGCUUGCUCAAGAAGAAGAAGAUGAAUGAGGCCGUCGCAUCUGUCCAUGUCCUCGAAAUGGCGAUAGCACCCGCCUCCGUAGAAGAACUACAGACGGAUGGUAUGGAGGAGAGGGUAAUGCGUGGUCUCGCCAAGAAUUGGCGAUUCCGGAAGAAGAGGAGCACGAGAGCUCUCCUCCCAGCGAACGUCGACGCGGCGGGGACGGCUAGGAACUCGGAGACCAGGAUCGACGGGGAAGCCACAUCGAGCAGAGCCCCCAGUCGCUAUCUUUCUUGA